AUGCGAACGAAUUUCUUAAUAACUUUAUUUCUUUUCGUGAUCAUAUCAGUAUAUCCUUUAUAUAUAAAUGCACAAUUUUAUCAUAAUGAAACAAAGGAAUACGAAGGAACCCUUAAUACACCUCGUAUAUGGAAUAUGAAGAUGUACGAUAAUGGCACAGUAUUAUUAAGACUCAUAAGAAUUAAAAGAAUUCCUGAUAAACCUCCUAAUAUAGGUCUUUGUUCGUUAGAAGAGUUUUCUUUAAGAAUCAUUUAUCCUAACGGAACGGUUGUUGAGAACGACAUUUUGUUAGACAUUCCGGAGUUUAACUAUUGCUCGCGCGCGGAUCGUACUGAUCCGCUAAACCCAACGAAUUUGGAAUUAAUAGAAUUUUAUUUGAUUGGAAAGAAUUACAUUUUAGUUACUUACCAUAAUGCAACAAAUAGCGAUGAUUACGAUACGUAUGAAGAUUGGGGAAUGAUAAUUGAUUAUAAUGGCAACAUUUUAGAUAGAAUUCGAUUUGGGGUCUCAUUUACAACAGUCACUCACAUGCUUAUUAUAAAUACUUAUAUAACAUUAAAUGUUAAUAGGGAGAAAGGAUUUAUCAGACUCAAUGCCAUUAAAGGUUCACCAAAUGCGGAAUGGCGACAAUUUAAUGUAGGACCUGACGGAAAGAUAACAAGUUUAACUCAAGGAACGAUUGAAUUUCUCGAUUAUACAAGUUUAGCUGUUAACGUUAUUUCUACAGUUGAUGAGGGUUAUGCUAUCGUAUAUGCAAAUACGACUGGAAAGGUCAUAACAGCCGAAACAACACAACCACUUGAAAAUAGCACACAAGCACUGAUGAAACCACAAGUUCAAGUCUUCGCUAUACCUAUAAGAUAUAAUGAACCGCAAAUCGAACCUUUAUUACUUUAUCAAUCACCUAUACCAAAUUUAAUUAUUGAAUCAUUAUAUUGUAGUAUUGCAAACGUCGGAGUUGGUCAAGUAUGUGUCUUAACCGUAAAAAAUCAAGACAACAAUAGGUUCGUUGCAAAAAUCGCUUUCUUAUCUUCUGGUUCAGUUUUCUCCUUUUCAAUUAUAAAUUAUUUAAUUCCUUCGGGUGUUACUUAUAACAAAGUUUGGGAAGUAAAUAGUUUACCAUUUGGUGGAUAUCUGAUAACAAAUAAAAUUACAGUUAAAGGUUCUAAGGGUAGUCUAGUUUAUGGUUUUUUACUUAAUAAUGAUACGGCAUCGUUUCAACAAUGGGGCUUGGAAGAACCUCAUCCGUCUAAUCCAAAUGUUGUUUAUUCGGUAUUACCAAAUAAUACUUUGAUGAUAGCGGAUCUUGAACCUGACAACGGCAAUAGCUGGUCAUUCACGAUGUACAAUUUGCCUAAAAUGCUUGUUAGGGAAAAUGAUUAUUCUAAUGCAAACAUUGAAUCAAGUUCGCCAAUGAUUGGAGGGACUGUCAUUCCAGGAAAUGAUAUAGUGAUUAAUUUUUAUGAUCAGGUAGAAUUAUCCGACGGCAAUAUUGAAAUUUAUCGAAUGGAAUUCGGUCAAUCAUGGUUACGUCAAAUAAUUCCCGGCGAAGGUUGCUUCUUGGAAAACGAUAGUAGAACGGUAGUCGUACACGUAUACCCUUGUACUUUUAGUGUACCGGACAUGGAAUAUUAUAUUAAGAUGGAUAAUAAUUUUGUUAAAAUUAAAGCUUAUAGAGAACCUUUAUUGGGCAUAAAAGAAGAAGUUUGGAAAGUUUAUCCCACCGAAAGAACUGAUCAUGAUGAGCGUUUUCAUCCUACAACCUCUUAUCAGUUUCGUCUAACUGAUGAAGGUACAAAAGCCUAUGAAGAAUAUUUUUCUGCUGGAAAUCGAUCGGAUUUUUUCAAUUCUUUGUUAAAAGAAUUGGCCGAUGCUGUUCCUAUAAGUGUCGACCGUCUUGACUCAAACAAGAACGUUGAACGUGAUUCUGAUGUGGAUAAUCAUUCUUAUCUAUAUUUAAUAAAUAUUGUGAUUAAACAUGUAGAUUCCGAACAAGGUGUAGGAAUUGUUUUCAAUGAUAUUCGUACGUUGGUUAAAAAUAAAACAUAUACUCCAAUUGGUCAAGGCAAAUUUACCAAUUAUUUGGAUGAUACUUUUGAUAGUAAAGUUGCUACAAAUUUAUGGGAACAAUAUAAAUAUGGAUUGUUAAGUGUGUUUUUGGUUGGGUUGGUCAUUGGACCUUCAUUCUUCUUAUUCACUCAAAAAAAGGAUGCCAAUAAAGAUUCAGAAAACGACGACAAGGAAAAGGCAAAAGCAGAAAAGGAAGAAAAGGAAAAAAAGGAAAAAGAAAAAAAAGCUGCAGAAAAAGCUAUUGAAACUGCUGCUGCAGAUGAAACUGAAAAAGAAAAGGAUAAAGUUCAAGAUUUUAACAGUUGGCUUCAAAGUAAUAUAGUAUUAGCAAGUAUAUUUGCUACCUUAUCUUGUGCUGAUAUUGAAGUCAUGAGUGUUUUAACCUUAGAAGGUCUUCCUGAAUCAUACAGAGCUCCUUUUAGUUCGGAUGCUGAAACAAGAAUGGUUUUUGGUGCUUUUUUAAAUAUUUUCGUUGAAGAUAUUCCUCAAUUAAUAAUUCAAGUAAGUUCUCUUCUUAUAAAAUAA